AUGGCGACCUUUGACAUGGAGAGCGUGCGGGGAGAGGUCAUUUUUACAGAACCUGGUGAGGGCAAUGGAGUGACCAUGAUGUUCAGGCUUAACAGUACGGACGGGUCUAAGGAUAAAUACACAUGGGAAUUCCGUCGAUAUCUAACUGACUACCGCGAAGAAGACAAGUGUGAUGAUCGUUAUAUUGGCAAGAAGUUCAGUUCGGAGACUGGGACAGUAACAAUGGGAGCCUAUGAGCAUGUCACCGCACGGACCAUCCACCUCUGGGGUCUGAACGGUAUUGUUGGUUACACUCUACUCUUGAAUCCCACGCAGUCUUCGAAAAAGCCAGCAUGCGCCACCAUCAUGUUCAGGGGACGUCACGUAACAGCCUAUGCUCGUCUGCAGAACUCUAUCGGAGGUCGAAUCAUCUUUAGGCAGUACGAGCAGACAGAGUACACGACCAUUUAUUCUGACUUAUAUUAUAUGGCACCAGGCACCCAGCAGCGGUCCUCCUACCAUUGGUAUAUAUUCCACCCGACAACCGAAACGGAUGCUAGCGAGAUGUGCCGCAGCCUGAAAACCAGGUACAAGCCUCGCAGCAGGGUGGAAAAACUGCCCAUGUUACCAGUCGGUCAAAAUCCUUACGAUCAACGUGAGGCGUGGGUCGAGCAGAACGUAUGGGUCACAGGCACUGAUAACAUAAUCGGCAAGUGGGUGGGGAUUGUUGAUGAAAACGAAGAAGUAAUCGCCUGCAGUUUCAUUCAGGAGUACCGCCACAAAACUGCGCACGUUUACUUCGAGGGAGAUGGAUCCUGGGGGUCAAUCCGCUUCGAACAAGACUCUCCUUACGACCCGACAGUUCUGUAUGUCAACUUUGAGAACCUACGUGAUCAGGCUUCCGGUUACCACGUACACAAAUAUCCGGUUUCUCAGCGCAUCACUGCCAACGAAGUCGAAUGUUCUAACUCUGAACUUUCUGGACACUGGAACCCGUUUGACAUACCGCUUAAUUCCUCACCAGCACCUGGAACAGGUACCAACGAUCAGUAUGAAGUUGGAGAUUUGAGCGGCAAAUUUGGGACGCUUAACGGAAGAGACACCUUCGCUGAAACCUACUGGGACUGGAAUCUUCCAUUGUUUGAAGAGUAUAGUAUCAUUGGGCGUUCAUUUGUUGUACACAGAACUGAUGGCAGCCGCUGGUUCUGUUCUAAUGUUAAUUAUCCUGAAGAUACUGUUAUUUUGAUGGCCAAAUUUUGGUACCCAGUUUUUGGUUUUGCAAUGUUCAGGCAAAGCACAAAGGAUCCAAUGUCCGAUACGACUGUAUAUUUUGAGCUGGACUAUAGCGACGGGACAGGUCCUACGAUGGAUCACGAAUGGAAGAUUGGUGAACGUACGGCUACUGACUGGAAUGACAAAGACGGCGCCCACCGAUGUAGUUCUACUGGUAAUGUGUACAACCCUUUCAACCUCGCCUUAGACGGACAGUACAUGGAUUCGUGUCGCAAGGAAAGAGGUUUUCACUGUGCCGUAGGAGACAUUACGAAACGUGUUGGAGGGAUUCAAAUCCGUUCUGGGUUCAAGAAAAGACCAGCUAAGAAGACGUUUAUUACAACAACGUUUUUACCUUUGUUUGGUCCCUACAGCAUUGAAGGCAGAUCCCUAGUUAUCUUUGACAACAUCCGACAAAAUCGCCUGGCCUGUGCUACUAUUUACCGACACUGGCCUUACAAAGCCGUGAUGAGGCAAAUGUACCACACAACGACCUCGAUGCAAGGAUCAGUUACUUUUGAGCAACAGACCCAGUUCGAUCCAGCUGUAGUUCGUUUGGACAUGCUUGGUCUGAACAAGAAGGUUAACACUUGGGCGAUCUACUUCAACCCUGCAGUGGAGAACAGUCACUCAUCCUGUUCUAAAGUCGCUCUUGGUUAUAUGUGGAAUCCAUUCAGAGUACCCAUACAAAAUCUUCCUUCUCCUGGCCAGGGUACCCACAGCCAGUACCCUAUGGGUGAUAUGAGUGGUAAAUUUGGUUAUUUUGGAGACCGUGGUCACGAGAAGAAGACAAUGCGAGAUUAUAAUUUGGCUCUUUAUGGUCCUUCCAGUGUUAUGGAACGUGCUAUGGCUGUUUCAAAUGACUACAGCGAAAUUAAGGGUUGCGGAAACAUGAGCUUCCUUCAACCGGAAGCUGAACGAUGGGAAGCCCGUGUCAAUUUCUGGGGUUAUGUCCAUGGAUACGUUCAUAUGUGGCAGUACGUUUACCCAGAUGGUCAUACCACAGAAACUUGGGUGUACAUUGAUGUUAGUAACAAUGAAGGCCGCAUGAGCAGGAAUCAUGACUGGCGCAUUCAUCGUGAUCCCGUGUGGGAAGAACAGUUUGCUGACCGUGCACCUGACUCAAACAACGGAAAUGUUUCUGAUGAAGGAGAACACAAGGAACAUGUCGAAGAAGAGAGGAGGGUCAGCAUGGAAGAAGGCGUCCAGAGAGCAUGCAGCAGAGUCGGAGAGGUGUACAAUCCCUUCGAUGUCAAUACUAACAAUGGUUACGCUGAAUGUGAAAUCCAUAACCAGGCCCGAUGUGCGGUCGGAGACAUGUCUAGCAAACAUGGGACUUAUAAUGUUGGCGACAAUGGUUAUUUGUAUGUAGACAGAAAUCUGCCACUUUUUGGAGAAUGGUCAAUUUAUGGCCGUGCUAUGGUUUUUUACUCUGAGAAUCAUGGUCAACAAAAGAUGUCAUGUGCUGAUGUUGUUCCUAUCAACCAACCUUAUGUUAUUCUAUCUUAUUGGAGGACAAAGAAAUUUGAUAAGGUUGAUCUAAUGAAUAAAGUGGCCAAAGCAUUGCAAACAGAAGCAUGGCAUUUUGCCAUCGAGCAAAUGCCAAUCCAUGGAGAAUGCAGAGUCCUCAAGUUCUAUUUCUUGGGUGAUGAUGAGUACAAUCCAGUCAAAUGGAAAACCAAAUUUGAACAAUAUUUGUCCGAGCGGGAUGAAAAGAAAGGAAACUUUUAUCCAGAUAACUGUGACAGUGCAGGCUUUUUAACAAGUUCCAUUGUUCUGACAGUCUGUCUGUUGUUGUUCCAGCGGCUUUUCUACUAG